GCCUUCGACUACUCGGUCAGCGACUACGAGUCGGGCUCCAAGUUCGCCGCCAACGAGAACAGCGACGGCAAGCAGACGUCCGGCUACUACACGGUUGCCCUGCCCGACGGCCGCGUCCAGACGGUCAAGUACACGGUCGACGACUACGCUGGCUACAACGCCGAGGUCACGUACGAGGGCGAGGCCCAGUAUCCGGAGGAGCCCGAGUACAAGGCCGCCCCUGCUCCCGUCUACAAGGCUGCUCCCGUCUACAAGCCCGCUCCCGUGUACCAGGAGCCAGAGCAGGAGCCCAUCUACGCCUACCGCCCAGUCCAGAAGUACAGCAACUAAGCUCUGAGCUUCAGGAUAUCACUCUUUUUUAAAACAUAUUUAUUGUGUGACUGGUUUAAAGGCUUCAUCGUUUGAUGUUCUGAAGCACCAAAUACA